AGGAAUCAGGUGUGGACAUGCUUACUGUCAUUAUCAUGCAGCUAUUUGAGCGGGAAGCUUCAGAUUCAUUUUUCACUUCGGUCAUAAAGAAAUUACUGUAGCAGUCCGAGGAGUACAAAAAGAUAGUCAUUUAGGGUAUAUGAGGAAAGUUUCGUAGGUAAUUGUGAAUUUCUAGGUUUACGUCUGGUUGCUGAGAAAAAUAGGCAAGAGAGGUGGUUCUUUUCUAAGAAAUAGUAGAAGAUUAGAGAGCUUCCUCCAUACAAAUUUGAUGCCAAAUGUGAUGAGAAGUCAGAAAUUUUGGGGAAAGAAAUAGAGCACAGUGGCUUUUGAAAGAUAUUUAUCUUUGAAGAUGAUGAUGAAUGAGUAUCUACUUUGUUAUCUUUAUAGUCAUGUGUUUUGUGACUGACAAAGACAGUUACAACAACAUUCAUCCGGGCUUUGAUCACGCUUGUGCGGCUACUCUGGCCUUACCAAAGAGUGCACAAGGAAAUGUCUAUAUGGCCAUGUCUCUGGGAGGUUGAUGAUGUGGAUCUUAGGGAAUCCGGUGAAGAUUGAAGGUACUGGCUCCAUUAAUAAAAGGGCUAUAUAUGUCGGAAAUCAUGCUUCUUCUGUCGUCAUUUUCCUGCUAUUGUGGUUGACUCCAACAGGGCAACAGGCAUAUUGGCAUUGCAAAGACAGAGGUUGAUCUCUCAACCUUUGAUGAAGGUCUGUUUGCAUUUUUAACGCACUUACAAUUCCAAGUUGACCAAUCCCUUCCUCGGAUCUUUCUUGGGAAAUGGCAGGAUACCUUGGACCUCUUGGUUUCUCCAAUACCCCAUUUAGUUUUUAUCUUUGAUCAAUGAAAGGAAUAACAGGGCGCAUUUGGUUCCCCUUAUGGUUCUUGCUGGAUGUUUCUUGUGGCAUAGCUCAUAGGAAUUGGAUUGAUCAUAUUAGAAAAUGAGAAUUUGUUAGAUUUAUUCGACAGAUAUUAAAUGGGCAAUUGUGCAUCAAGAGUCUCUGUUGUGUGUUAACCUUUGUUCAUUCACCAUAAUUGCAGAUUCUAUUGGUAAAUCUAGAUAUAUAAAGCUUACAUCAAAGGAUACAGGGCGUCCUGAUCUUUUAAGUGCACGAAUUGUGGUCAUUGGAGUGUGUACAUUCAAAAGUGCAUAGAACUUUAAAACAACAGAGAAGCAUUUUGAAACACUUGGUGCUGGAGGUAGAUCAUCCAUA